AUGAGAUCCAGGACCUGCACCAUGGGUCCAGACCAGGAACACAUCCAGCCCACGAAGGGUUUCAUCAAGCAGCAGCAAGAGGAGGAGGAGGAGGAGCAGGAAAACACCCCGGAGCUGAUGAAGAGGAAGAUGAAGGACGGUAGAACGGGCGUGAUGAAGAAACCUCAGAGAUCUGCAGAGAGCGGCAAGAAGACAACACUGGAUCUGACCAAGAAGGAUCUGCUCCACCUGCUGGGAAUCAUGGAGGGAGAAGUUCAGGCCAGAGAGGACAUGAUCGGCCUGCUGAAGUCGGACAGGACCAGGCCCGAGGCGCUGGAGGCUCACUACGGUUCAGCCGUCGCCACCAGACCGCUGCAGGCGCUGCAGAGAGACGGGCUGCUCGGCCACGCCCACCACGCCACGGAGGACGUCUACGAGAAGCCCAUGGCCGAGUUGGACCGUCUGGAGGACAAACAGAAGGAGACGUACAGACGGAUGCUGGAGCAGCUGCUGUUGGCUGAGAAGUGUCACCGUCGCACUGUGGCCGAUCUCGACAACGAGAAACACAAACACGUCGACUUCAUGAACAAGAGCGACGACUUCACCAACCUGCUGGAGCAGGAGCGGGAGAGACUCAAACGGCUGCUCGAGCAGGAGAAGGCCUACCAGGCUCGUAAGGACAAGGACCACAGCAGGAGGCUGGAGAAGGUCCGGGCGGAGCUGGUGAAGCUCAAGUCCUUUGCCCUGAUGUUGGUGGAUGAACGGCAGCUGCACAUGGAGCAGAUCGACCAGCAGAGCCAGAAGAUCCAGGACCUCGCUCAGAAGCUGCAGGAGAAAGAGCAGCGCUUGGCCACCGUGACUGACGGCGCCAAGGAGGAAGGCCAGAAGGUCCUCAAGCUGGAGGCCGAGCUGGAGCACAGAGCAGCCAAGUUCACACAGGAGCACGAAGAGAUGACCACGAAGCUGGGAAACCAAGAGUCACAAAGCCGACAGCUGAGGCUGAAGCUGGCGGGACUGGCACAGAAGGUUGAGGAGCUGGAGGAAAGAAACCAAGUGCUGCAGAAAUCUGAGGAGGACCUGCAGGAGCUGAGGGACCAGAUCAGCAAAGGGGAGUGUGGCAACUCCUCUCUGAUGGCCGAGCUGGAGACUCUGAGGAAGAGAGUGCUGGAGAUGGAGGGUAAAGACGAGGAGAUCACUAAAACCGAGGGUCAGUGCCGGGAGCUGAGGAAGAGGCUGCAGGAGGAGGAGAACCACAGCGUGGAGCUCAGGCUGGACGUGGACACACUGCAGAAGAGAAUGGUUGAGCUGGAGAAACUGGAGGGAGCUUUCAACAAGAGCAAAACCGAGUGUUCCCAGCUUCACACAAACCUGGAGAGAGAGAAACGUGUUGUGAAGGAUCUGGCUGCGGAGCUGGAGACGGUGAAAACCCGACUGAAAGAACUGGAAGCGUCAGAGUCAAAGUUUGAAAAGACAGAAAUGCUCCUCAAAGACGAUCUGGUGAAGUUGAAGUCGUUCACGGUCAUGAUGGUCGAUGAAAGAAAAAACAUGGUGGAGAGACUGAAGCAGGAAGAACAGAAAAGUGAAGAUUUGAGUAAGAUGUUUAAAGCGGAGCAGGGAAAGGUCACAGAGGUCACAGAGAAGCUGAUCGACGAGAGCAAAAAACUUCUCAGAUUCAAGACAGAGAUGGAGGUGAAAGUGACAAAUCUGGCCAAAGAGAAAGACGAGUUGAAAACCAAACUGGCAGGUGAAGAGGAAAAGUGUAGGGAGCUAAAUAACAAGCUAGGUGGCAUGAAACUAAGAAUGGACCGACUGGAGGAGACGGAGAGGGACAUGCAGAGGAAGUGGGCCAACAAGGACAAUAACAAGAAUCCAGAGGAAGACAACAAAGUCAAAGAGCUCACGCUAGAAACUGAGAGACUUAAGAGCCGGCUCAAACAACUGGAGGUGGUGGAGGGAGAUCUAAUGAAGACAGAGGACGAGUAUGAUUUACUGGAGAAGAAAUUCAGAACAGAGCAGGACAAAGCAAACAGCCUCUCGAAGCUGCUGGAAGAAAUGAAAAGUCAGAUUGCCAGAAACAAAGCGAUAGAGAAAGGCGAAGUCGUGAGUCCCGAGGCGGAGCUGAGAACUCGCUGCAAGAUGGAGGAGGCGAGAACCCGGGAGCUGCAGGCGCACGUCCAGGCUCUGAAGGAGAAGAUCCACGAGCUGAUGAACAAGGAGGACCAGCUCUCCCAGCUGCAGGUGGACUACUCUGUCCUGCAGCGGAGGUUCAUGGAGGAGCAAGAGAAGAAGAGGAGCAUGUUUCAAGAAGUGGACUGUCUCACCAAGGAGCUGGAGUCCACCAAGUGCUACAGCCGGGCCCUGAGGCCGGGGAUGAACGGCAGGAGGAUGGUGGAUGUCCCGGUGACUUCCACCGCAGUGCAGACCGACCUGGUCACCAGCGAUCCUGCUGAGGACCAGACCACAGCGGGCUUCAUCAGGAAGUCCGUCCUUGAGGAAAACCACUUGAUGAGCAACCUCAGACAACGAGGUCUCAAGAGGCCGACGGUUCUGGAGCGAUACCCUCCAGCGUCUGCAGAACUGGGGACGAGGAAAUCCUGGGUUCCUUGGAUGAAGAAGAAAGAGGGAGUGACGCUCAGUCAGACGAGUCCUGCGAGGAGCAACGGGCUGUCCUCUCUGCUCUCACCGGACAUGACCAUGGCCCAAAAGCCAGGUCAGCCUCUGCACAUCCGAGUGACCCCGAACCACGACAACAGCUCGGCCACCUUGGAGAUCACCAGCCCGAGAGCGGAGGACUUCUUCUCCAGCACCACCAUCAUCCCGACGCUCGGCCUUCAGAAACCUCGGAUCACGAUCGUCCCCAAGCCCACGACCGUGACCUCAAGGAGCAAAGCCUGUGACCUGAUGGGACGUCUGGAUGGAGCCAGAUCUCCAGUAACAAUAACAACCAUCUCCAGGGCCAGGAGUCCAGAGAAGAGCAGCGGCAGCAGCUCAGGCCGGCUUCAGUCUCCCGUGUCCAUCAUCACCGUCAGCACCACACCGGUGGCAGAAGCAUGUGCUUCACCUGAGCCUCAGGAGACGACCGCAGGCCGCACGGUGAUCAAGAUGACCCCCGAGACGCCGCCCGGGCCUCCACACGUCAGGAAGUACAACAGCAACAUCAUCACAACAGAGGACAAUAAGAUCCACAUCCACCUGGGGCCGCAGUUCCACAGGCCGUCGGAGGGGAGCAGCAGUCCCGUGCUGACGCUCAGACAUCAGGCGUUGAGCUCAGAAACAUCGACAGGAACCGUUCUCCGCUCGCCACGCCAGACCGCCACGGGAAAGACCAGCAAGAUGACGAGCAGCAUCACAAUCACGCCCGUCAACACAGCAGCUUCCAGACCGACACAAUCAGUGUUUCUUCUGAAAUGUUUCACAAUGCGUUCAGGUGGCGUGCUCAGGUCCACGUCCCACCCUGUGUCUCAUGUUAACUGUCUGUGUUCUCUCCAGCCCGGCUCGGAGGUGCAGUCAGCUCGGAGCGCCGCCACACGCAUCCCGGUGUCAAGAGGUGUGAAGGCCACCAGCAAGGCGGUUGUGGGCGUGGCCACGGUGACCAGGCUGGAGGCGCGGGCCGAGGGCCAGUCCAUGAAGAUCGAGCUGAGGAAGUCGAGCGUGUGCGGAGGCUCUGCCGCAGGAGGCAAGAGCUGA